ACUCUUUCCCGGUCCUGUCAAGCACCUGGCUCUCGCUCCCGUACCAAGAUGGCGGCGGAAGCAGCUGGUGGGAAAUACAGGAGCACAGUCAGCAAAAGCAAAGACCCCUCGGGGCUGCUCAUCUCGGUGAUCAGGACUCUGUCUACCAGUGAUGAUGUUGAAGACAGAGAAAAUGAGAAAGGCCGCCUUGAAGAAGCCUAUGAGAAGUGUGACCGUGACCUGGAUGAAUUGAUCGUUCAACACUACACAGAAUUGACAACAGCCAUUCGCACUUACCAGAGCAUCACAGAGCGCAUCACUAACUCAAGGAAUAAAAUCAAGCAGGUAAAAGAGAAUCUACUUUCCUGCAAGAUGCUGUUGCACUGCAAACGGGAUGAACUUCGUAAACUAUGGAUUGAAGGAAUUGAGCAUAAGCACGUCCUGAACCUGCUGGAUGAAAUUGAGAACAUAAAGCAAGUGCCUCAAAAACUGGAACAGUGCAUGGCCAGCAAGCACUACCUUAGUGCCACGGACAUGCUGGUGUCAGCAGUGGAGUCUUUGGAGGGCCCACUGCUCCAGGUGGAAGGACUCAGUGACCUCAGGCUGGAACUUCAUAGCAAGAAGAUGAACCUGCACUUGGUUCUCAUCGAGGAACUGCACCGGCACCUGUACAUCAAAUCCACUAGCCGAGUUGUGCAGCGUAACAAAGAAAAAGGGAAGAUGAGCUCUCAUGGCAAAGAUGCCUCUCCUGGUCCUCUGAUGGAUGUUACAAACAUUCCUACUCCACGCAAAUUCCUCGAUGCCACUCAAUAUUCUGCUGCUGGCAGCUCAAGUGUGAGGGAGAUGAACCUACAAGACAUCAAGGAGGACUUGGAGUGUGAUCCAGAGGAGAACAGCACUCUUUUCAUGGGAAUUCUUAUCCAGGGACUGGCCAGACUGAAGAAGAUCCCUGAGACAGUUAAAGCCAUUAAAGAGCGUUUGGAGCAGGAGCUAAAGCAGAUCGUGAAGAGGUCAACCACUCAGGUGGCAGACAGUGGCUAUCAGAGGGGAGAGAGCCUCACUGUGGACAACCAACCAAGGUUACUUCUAGAACUGCUGGAGCUGUUGUUUGACAAAUUUAAUGCUGUAGCCACAGCACACUCUUUGGUCCUGGGGUACCUGCAGGACUCUGUUGGAUCCCAGCCAAUGCAGCAGGAAGAGAUUAAAUUAUAUGAUAUGGCAGAUGUGUGGGUGAAGAUCCAAGAUGUGCUGCAGAUGCUGUUGACUGAGUACUUGGAUAUGAAAAACACACGUACUGCAUCAGAACCAUCAGCUCAACUAAGCUAUGCCAGCACUGGACGGGAGUUCGCAGCCUUUUUUGCCAAGAAGAAACCACAAAGGCCAAAGAAUUCUCUUUUCAAGUUCGAAUCAUCCUCCCAUGCUAUCAGCAUGAGCGCCUAUCUGCGAGAACAGAGAAGGGAACUCUAUAGUCGGAGUGGAGAACUUCAAGGGGGUCCUGACGACAACUUAAUUGAAGGUGGAGGAACCAAAUUUGUCUGUAAACCUGGAGCCAGAAAUAUUACUGUCAUAUUCCAUCCAUUACUGAGAUUUAUUCAGGAGAUUGAACACGCCUUGGGACUUGGCCCUGCCAAACAGUGUCCCCUUCGAGAGUUCCUCACCAUGUAUAUCAAAAGCAUUUUCCUUAAUCAAGUCUUGGCUGAGAUCAACAAGGAAAUUGAAGGAGUCACCAAAACAACAGACCCCUUGAAGGUCCUAGCUAAUGCAGACACCAUGAAGGUUCUGGGGGUGCAGAGGCCUCUUCUACAGAGCACGAUCAUUGUGGAGAAGACGGUGCAAGACCUCAUGAACCUGAUGCAUGACUUGAGUGCAUAUUCAGAUCAGUUCCUCAACAUGGUGUGUGUGAAGCUCCAGGAGUACAAGGACACCUGCUCCACAGCCUACAGGGGCAUUGUCCAGUCGGAAGAGAAACUCGUCAUCAGUGCAUCUUGGGCAAAAGAUGAUGAUAUCAGCAGACUCUUGAAAUCACUGCCAAACUGGACUAACAUGGCUCAGCCCAAACAGCUGAGGCCCAAGAGGGAAGAGGAAGAAGACUUUAUAAGGGCAGCCUUUGGCAAGGAAUCUGAAGUUCUAAUUGGGAAUCUCGGUGACAAACUUAUUCCUCCACAAGACAUUCUCCGUGAUGUCAGUGACCUCAAAGCCUUGGCCAACAUGCAUGAGAGCCUGGAAUGGCUGGCCGGCCGAACAAAGUCAGCGUUUGCCAACCUCUCUACAUCCCAGAUGUUGUCUCCUGCUCAAGAGAGCCAUGUGAACAUGGACCUUCCGCCAGUGUCUGAACAGAUCAUGCAGACACUGAGUGAACUUGCCAAGUCCUUCCAGGAUAUGGCUGACCGCUGCCUGCUCGUCUUGCAUCUGGAAGUGAGAGUUCAUUGUUUCCACUAUCUCAUUCCUCUGGCAAAGGAGGGAAACUAUGCCAUCGUUGCCAAUGUGGAAAGUAUGGAUUAUGACCCUCUGGUGGUCAAGCUCAACAAAGACAUCAGUGCCAUGGAAGAGGCCAUGAGCGCCAGCCUUCAGCAGCACAAGUUCCAGUACAUCUUUGAAGGUCUGGGACACCUCAUCUCCUGCAUCCUCAUUAAUGGAGCCCAGUACUUCCGGCGCAUCAGUGAGUCUGGCAUCAAGAAAAUGUGUAGGAACAUUUUUGUUCUCCAGCAGAAUUUGACCAACAUCACUAUGUCACGGGAGGCAGACUUGGACUUUGCAAGGCAGUACUAUGAGAUGCUGUACAACACAGCCGAUGAGCUCCUGAACCUGGUGGUGGACCAGGGCGUGAAGUACACAGAGCUGGAGUACAUUCAUGCCCUGACCCUGCUGCACCGCAGCCAGACCGGCGUGGGGGACCAGACCAUCCAGAACACCAGGCUGCAGAGGCUCAAAGAGAUCAUCUGUGAGCAGGCUGCCAUCAAGCAAGCCACCAAGGACAAGAAAAUAACCACCGUCUGAUGGUGUGCCCUGCAGUGGUGUGGGUAGCAGUCAUUGUGUGUGCAGCUACAGGCUCUAGCUAUUCAGCAUGGCGUGAGCUGCCUUGAUUUUGUCUACACUGAUGCUUAGUGGAUAGAAGGUGGAUUUUUUUCUCCUCACUUUGCUUUUCUCUGAACUCUAAGGAAGUAUGCAGUACAGAAUGUUUUCCUAAUGA